AUGGGUGUUAAAGGGCUUAAUAAGUUAAUCAAGGAGCAUUCUCCUAAUGCAUACAAAGAAUAUCAAUUGAAAAAUCUUUUUGGAAGAAAAGUUGCUAUUGAUGCAUCAAUGUGUCUUUAUCAAUUUUUGAUUUCAGUAAGACAAUCAGAUGGACAACAAUUAACCAAUGAUGAUGGGGAAACAACAUCCCAUUUAUCAGGGAUAUUUUAUCGUACGAUUAAAAUGGUUGAAAAUAACAUUAAACCAGUUUAUGUAUUUGAUGGUAAACCACCAGUAUUGAAAGGAGGAGAACUAGAAAAGAGAUUAUUACGUAGAGAAGAAGCUCAAAAACAAAAAGAUGCACUUAAAGAUGAAGGUACAGUUGAAGAUCAUUUAAAAUUUGAAAAAAGAUUAGUUAGAGUAUCAAGAGAACAAAAUGAAGAAGCUAAGAAAUUAUUAGAAUUAAUGGGAAUUCCAAUUGUUGAAGCUCCAUGUGAAGCUGAAGCACAAUGUGCUGAAUUAGCUCGUGGUGGUAAAGUAUAUGCUGCUGCAUCUGAAGAUAUGGAUACUUUAUGUUAUGAACCUCCUCAAUUAUUAAGACAUUUAACCUUUGCUGAAGCUAGAAAAAUCCCAAUUGAUGAAAUAUCUUAUAAAGAAGCCAUGGCAGGGUUGGAUAUGAAUAAAGAACAAUUUGUUGAUUUGUGUAUUUUAUUGGGUUGUGAUUAUUGUGAAACUAUUAGAGGUGUUGGUCCAGUCACUGCUUAUAAAUUAAUUAAAGAACAUGGAUCAUUAGAGAAAAUUGUUGAAUGGAUAGAGAAAGGAAAUACUAAAUAUACUGUUCCUGAAAAUUGGCCAUAUGCUGAAGCAAGAGAAUUGUUCUUAAAUCCAGAAGUUAAAAAAGCAAGUGACAUAAGUUUGAAAUGGAAAGAACCAGAUGUAGAAGGAUUGAUUGAAUAUAUGGUUAAAGGCAAAGGGUUCAGUGAGGAUAGAAUCAGAAGUGGUGCUGAGAAAUUGAAAAAAGGUUUGAAAGGGGGAGUUCAAGGUAGAUUGGAUUCAUUCUUUACGGUAGUUAAAAAAGAUGAUGGCAAGGACAAAAAGAGAAAAUCAACUGCCAAAGACACUAAAUCCAAAAAACAAAAGAAGUAA